GACUAGAGCGCGCCUCUUGAGCACUCCUAUUCAGGACUGAGCUCAGUAUUGAGUGUGUGAGAGUGUGUGGCGGUCCGGUCAAAUAUUUAUGCACUCUAGCUGCUGGAUCUUCAGUCGCAGUUUCUUUUGCACGCAGGUUCUGGCCUGACCCGGGGAUGACCUCGCUGCUGUUCCCCGGCAACGCCCACACUGCGAUGAAGGACCUUUCCAAUUCCUCCUCUCCUCUCAACUUCCACUACCCUUCCUCAAAAACUUCCAUCGGGCCUUUCUCCCCGUCGUCUGGUGCCUCCUCUCCCGUGUCCCCCCUCGCGGCGGCCCCCAAGUCCCAGCCUUUCUGCCUCCAGACGGGGCCGCACCUCAUUGCCAGCAUGCAGCUGCAGAAGCUCAACUCACACUACCAGAACCUGGCCGGGUCGUCGGCAGGACACCUGACGACUGGUGGCGUUCAAAGGGGCUUCGGCGCAUCGCCUUUGGGCACUGGAAACCAGAUGCUGGGGCCUUCUGGUGGAGGGGGGAUGGGUGCCGGCAUCAGCAUGGGGAUGCAGAGCUCUGGUCCGAGUGGAGUCAUUGAUUUUGACCUGGUAGAUGAGGAGGUUCUCAUGUCCUUGGUGGUGGAGUUCGGACUAGACCGAGCUAAUGAGCUACCUGAACUCUGGCUGGGCCAAAACGAGUUUGACUUCAUGUCAGAUGUGCAGGCCGGCUGCUGACCCAGCACACCAAAAGAGGUUCAUUUCGGUCCACACUGUCAAAGACACCAUUCAGAAACUUUUAUUUUAAAAAAAACCUUGAAGGCCUUUGUUCUCUUUAAUCAAACGAGUGCAUUUUUCUUGAUGAAACCGACCAUCCAACAAGAUGAGUGCCUCUUUUAUUUUGAAGGAAAAGAAGCAUGCGAUGAGGAGACACAAGGGGCCAUUGCUGUCUCCUAUUUCCUUUCCAUGGCGUAGGCUUAAUGAAAACAAGCUGACGGAUUGACACACAAAGACACACCUGUUGGCCCAUCGAGCCUCGGAGCGCUGCGGCAACAUGAAAGUGCGAUGCGUGACUUUAUUAUAGGAGACGGACGGGAUGACCAACAGUACGCUUCCUGUUUUCCCAAUAGACAAUAUUCCCCUGUGCUCUCACGGGAAAGAGCCUCCUCUUUCUCUCUCUCACACAAGGAAAGUAAUUGUCUGAGACGUGGUUAUCUGUGGGCACUCCUCUUUUUCUGUUUCUUGUUUGAAUUCAGCUCAAGCAGAACAUAGAACAUGUUAUUUAAGACAUUAGCCGAUAUCCAUCUGGACUUUAGGACAACGAGGGUUUCUGUGUACGUAAUGAAUUAGAUUGAGGGGGUCAUCAAGGUUUUUUCCCUGCACCAAAGUGGCCUCGAUGUUUGCUAUGUUGUUUUGCAUUGCUGCCUUAAUCUCAGCUGGGAGAAUGUUAUUUCUGCUGUGUAACCUCCAAAUCCCCCCUCCCUUUGCUCCUCCGCAGAGAGUUUUGGAGUUUGCUUUGUUGGAAGGCCUUCAUUUCCCCUUCUUUGCCUUCGCCGCCCCCCGCAGAGGCCUUCAGAACCAAAAUAUGCAAUGAACUGGACUCGUAGUACAAAACACAUGUAUAGUAUCAUCACACGCACACACGUAUAGUAUCAUCACACAGAUGUGGGGGCAGAGCAGUGACAAUGUUCAGCCAGGUCUGCUAAUGAAUCACUUGUUUAACCAAAGUACUUGUGCAUUUUACCUUUGGACAUGCACAUCAGACCUUAUUUUUUUGGUUGGUCUGUCAAUUGUUACCUGUCUUUUGUUUUAUCUGGGUGUUCUAUGAAUGACGAUUUUGAAAAUGCACUUUUGCUCACUGUCUCCUCAUCUGAGAAUGAUUUUGAUCACAAUGAAGAAUGCGAAAUAAAGCUGAACAAACA